AUGUUGGUAUAAAUACAAAGAGUUGGCCUCUGUUUCUUGUUUCUUGCCUGAGAAGGAAGGCUUACAAAGUUGGUCGGCGGCUGAGUCUGCGAGAGAAAAGAACGCGAAACAGGCCCAAGUUGGGAUGCCGGCGCACGGCUGCAGCCUCGGCGUCAAGCCACCGGCUCGGCUGAUACCUCCUCCUUCCAUAUUUGCUUCCGGUGCAACCUUACGCAGGUAUAAGGAUGUGAUUCUGGAAAGACACAAAAAGACCUCUAGGGUUGCAUGUAAAUAUAACUUGCAUGUAAUGCCCAUACGUUCAAGCAGCAAGAGUUCACCGAGAACCCAUCUGGAGCAGCAUUCCUUGCUUCCUAGAGGUAUGUCUUUUGGAAUACCACACUCAAUGUUUGGUUCUCAAUCAUCUUCCUUUUUAAGUGGGAAUGAAGAUGUCCUAAAAGACAUUAUGACCAUAUUACCUAGGCGACCCAGAUUUGCAACACGAGCACAAGCAAACAAUGGCAUGUCAUUCGGUUUAAGCUUCCCACCAAUGAAAAAGAAGCCAGAAUGGUGGUUGAGGACUCUAGCAUGUAUCCCCUAUUUGUUAGCUUUGCAAAUGUCUGAUACAGGGUUUUAUCUCCAACCUUUGCUUGAACACUAUGAACACUUUGAAGAUGUGAUCUACUAUAUCCCAGGAGCUGUAAACAGGUUACCAACAUGGUUCCCUAUGCUAUAUUGCUAUUUUGCAUACAUUGGAGUGGUGAAGAACAAGAAUUUGCCCCACUUCAUUAGAUAUCAUAUAAUGAUGGCGAUGUUGAUGGAAAUAGCACUGCAAAUAGUGUGGUAUUCAAGCAACUUUUUCCCACUCAUACAUUUCAAGGGCACUUUCGCAAUGCAGUAUUGGGCAGCUGUGGCAGUGGCUUACAUUUUGACCCUGUUGGAGUGUAUAAGGUGUGCUCUUGGUGGCAAGUAUGUCAAUUUCCCUUUUUUCAGAGAGUCGGCUCUUAUACAGACUCUGUACCAUGUAACAGGCUUCUACAAGCCUUUCUAGAAGGUGUCAGAAUCCAGAAGAUAUGAAUAGGGGAUUUCUUUUUCUUUUUUUUUUUUUUUCUUUUUUGAUUUUCAAUAAUUUGUAAUACCAAGUCUUGCUUUGUAAUUUGGGAUAAUUUUUUAGCUAGUAUAUCUAUUCAAUCAUCGGUUCAGAUGUUUUAAGUCCA